AUGAAUUCUACAGAUUCAAUGAAGACUCUUUUGGCCACUAGUGGCGGUGACACUGUUAAGUUAUUUGACCUGUCAUUAGAACCCCGUGAUCCCUGCAUUCUUAGUUACACUCCUUCACCUGGUUUCCAAGUUAACUCCGUCAAAUGGAACCAUACGAAUUUGGUGGUGGCAAGUGGCGGAGAUGACAAGAAGAUAUCUUUGUGGAGGAAAAAUGGACAGACUUUGGGGACUCUGGCUGGCAGUGAUGGUGGUGAUUAUAUCGAGGAGUCUAUUUCAACAAUUAACUUUAGCAGCAAAGCAACCAGAUACAUUUGUUCUGGAGGCAGUGGUCAAGUUGUACGAAUAUGGGAUUUGCAGCGGAAGCGUUGCAUCAAAUGGUUGAAAGGUCAUACUGAUACUAUUAGCAGUGUAAUGUACAACUGCAAAGAUGAGCACUUAGCUUCUAUCAGUCUUAAUGGGAAUCUUAUACUUCACAACCUUGCAUCUGGUGCAAAGGCUGCUGAACUCAAGGAUCCAAAUUGCCAGGUUUUGAGAGUGCUUGAUUAUUCUAAGAUCAGCAGGCAUGUAUUGGUAACAGCUGGUGACGAUGGAUCUGUCCACUUGUGGGAUACUACUGGUCGCAGUCCCAGGGUUUCUUGGCUAAAACAGCAUUCUGCGCCAACUUCUGGCAUUAGUAUCUCACCAUCAAAUGACAAGAUUGUUGGUAGUGUUGGUAUGGAUAAGAAGUUGUACACUUAUGACUCGGGCUCAAGAAGGCCAUCAUUUUGCAUCCCUUAUGAAGCACCUUUUUCUUCACUGGCAUUCAGUGAUGAUGGCUUCACUCUAGCAGCUGGAACAAGUAGUGGCCGUGUGGUAUUCUACGACGUUCGUGGAAAACCACAACCCUUGACUGUUUUACGCGCUUAUGGAAAUUCUGAGGCUGUGACAAGUUUAUGCUGGCAAAGAUCAAAACCUGUAAUGGUCAAUGAAAGCAAUUGCACAACAGAGAUAGCUCUUCUAGGCAGUUGUGUGGAGGACUCAAUUUUAAUGCCUGAUCCACUUCCUGCUAUCAUAUCAUCAAGUUCCAGAACCGCAGUUCAUUCAGGUUUUGUGGACUCAUUUUCUUUUCCAGCAGGCAGUGCAGGAUCUACAUCUGGGACCGAGGAAACACCCAUACAAAGUAGCUUGUGGAAAGGUGGAUCUUUGGCAAGAUUACAUGCUCCUCAUAACUUCAAGGAUGAUAUGGAUGUCUUUUCCCCUCUUGUCGAAGUUAGGCCAAUUACGCCUUCAUUUGAUGAGUUGUGGGAUGAUCAUCAAGGUUUCAAAAAGGAUCUUGAUCAGACAUCUUUGCUAUUUCCUUCAGAAGCUUGGGGUGGUGAGAGAUUAUCUGAUAGAUUAACUCACAUUCAGCAGUCAGGAAACAUGCCUUCUCGUUUUGCAAUCUCGACAUCUGGUCCUCUUGCACCAGGAAAUAUGUUAUCUGGAUUACAGGAUACUGUUCCAGCAACUCAGAAUAUCAGCUCUUUGACCAGUUCUAAUUUGAGUUUGGCAAAGUUGUGCAUUAAAGAAAAUCCAAAUGAAGAAAAUUCUCUAGGAUCAUCACGACAUGUUCCCUCUAGUUCCACAUCUUUUUCACUCGGAACAAAAGACAUUUCAGGGCAGGGCACUACACCGUCAUUCAGUGAUGGCAUCCAGUCAGUUGGUUCUUCACAAACUCAAGCUGAAACAAGGGAGAAGCUUUUGAAUAGCUUGUUGUCUAGGUCUGCCACGUCAUCUGCUAUAGCAGCUGGCGUUUUUCAAGCAAUGAAUGCUGAAAUCACGCAAUCACAAAGGUCCACUCUGCCUGAGUUGCAGCAGAGAAGUCCUACCCAACCAUUUCAAAGUACGCAAGAAGAAACUCUUUCUGCCUUUGAAAAAUCCGCUCUUGAGUAUAUGAGGAAUCUUCAUUUAGAUAUGACAAGACAAAAUCAUAUGCUGCAGUUGUAUAGUAUCUGUUGCUUAAGACUUUUGAACAUUAUGCAGGAAAACCUAGCAGAAGUGAUGAAAGAGGUUCAAUUAAAUCGGAGAGAAUUACAGAAGCUUCGUCAGGAUAAUCAGUACAUACUCAGCAAAUUAUACAUGUGCAUAUAAGAUUUCUUAUACUCAAGAAAUAAAGAUGUUCUGCUACGGCAUAUGUUCAUCCUGAGACAAGUGUGAACAAGCAGCAGUUUUUUACCAAAAUGCAACAGAUUUUUCUUCAAUACUUUGAAACUAUGUCUGCUUGAAGACACGAAGAUUUAUUUGGAUGGGCAUACACAUGGACUG